UUUAUCAAAACUGCCAGCAUCUACAGAAAUGUGUUUCAGUUAUAUAAAGCUGGAAUUGUACUUUAUUUGUUUACAUCUAAUACCGCAACUAUUUCCAGGUACGGGUCUGUUCUGAACUUCCAGGAAGACAUUAAAGCCUGAUGAUGUGGAAAGAUUCUGUGCCUACUCAACUGAUCAUAAAAGGUUAUUACAAGAAUGGAACGCAACAACAUUGAUCACAUCAGCAAACUAGAGAAAUUGUCAUUGAGCAAUGAACACUCAGCAACAACUUGUGGUAACAAGGACGAGAGCGUUUCUGUUGCUGGAGGCAUAGAUACACAAGCACAAAGACGCAAUCCAAUGGACAGAGUCUCACCACACAACAAAGCAGUGCCAGAAGCUAUGCUGACCACAAAGCAGCUAUUUCAGUACUGGAAUGCUGUGAAUAAAAAGGUGAAACCAAUUCGCCUACUCUUUGAUAUACCAGAAACCAGAACAGUGAAAGAUCAGUGGUCCAAACACGUGGUGUACAAAGUGGUGGUGAUAAAGUCUGGCACUUACGAUGGCAGCCAAUCAUAUAUCGAACGACGAUACUCAGACUUUGAAAAAUUGCAUAAAAAUAUUUUGAAGAAUUUUAAAGAAGAGGUCGAAGAAAUUACUUUUCCAAAGAAAAUUAUGUCUGGAAAUUUCCAGCCUGAGAAAAUCACUGAACGAAAAUUGGCAUUCAGGGACUAUUUAGCCCAGUUAUAUGCAAUCAAAGACGUUCGGUUUUCUGAUGAAUUUAUUGAGUUCUUCUUCCUACAUGAGGUACAGGAAGGCUAUGGGUUCCUUAGAAGUGGACAGUACACCAGAGCUUUGAAUAGUCUUAUGAAUGUACUUAGUUUGCAGGAAAAACUAUGCAUGCACCAAAUUGAUCGACUUGUCCUUACACUCAGUGCUAUUGGUGUGUGUUGCAGAGAUCUGAAUGAUAUAGAUGGUGCCUAUGAAUUCUGUGAGAAAGCGGGGCUUAUUUUACAUAAAAACUAUGGCCACAAGUACUACUUCCCUUUGAUAAAGGUUCAGAUUACGUUAGGAAAUGAAUUAGGUAAGAAUAUGCAACACUUACAACAGAGCCUGAUUAUACUAGAGGAACUACAUGGGAGCCAAAAUAACCUGCCUUCGCUGAAAGAACUGGUGGUACAGGAAUUCAUACAAUAAGCCUGAUGGACCAUCUCCCUGCAAAGUCUUUAUGACCAGUUAAUUCAAUUGACAAAAAAGUUAUUGCUGGCCUUUCUGGUGUGUCCCCUUACUUUUAAGAUGAUUUACGUUCUAAAUUCUAUGUGAAAUAGUUUUUUAAAAACUCAUUUGAGUUCUCAUCGAUGGAGAAAAGAGAUAAUAUCAACUUAUGUUUUGCAAGCAGGUGGAAGGCAUCGAAUGGUUGUACCAUCCAGUUGAACGUAGCUUCCUUAUCGUAGACUGGCCACCUCAAUAUUUAUACAUUGUACUACUAAUCAAUUUAGCCAUUCAGUAUGUUAAACAAUAGAUUAUGUAAUUAGAAGUUAAAGAUUAAAUCUAGAAACGGUUGGCCAAUAGUCAAGAAGAUCAUUUAAAUCACAUGCUUUUGAUUUGGCAGCAUAACAUAUUUCUUUAUGAUCCUUUUAUGAUGCUUGAGAAAGUGUCAGAGAAAUUAAAUGCUUCUUCCAGUAAAGAGAUAAGUGUAAAACCUCAAAGCAUGGCCUCGGCAAAGAUAAUGCUUAAACAAUAACACAUGUCUGAGAACAGCAUUGGAAAUGUGACCACAACGUUGGGAGGAAUACUGGAGAACAGGCAGUUUUAUCCAAUGAUAGACGGUCAUCUGGAAAAAAUAGUCUUUAGGCAUACUGAACUACUGAGCUAAGUGACUAAAAUGAUAGACAUGGGUACGCUUUUAUCCCCCUCUUCUCAUCAGGAGACGGGAACGCAAUUUGACUUAAAAGACUUAAUUCUUAUCAACCAUUGGGCAUUAAAAAUGAACCUACACCAUGUGCUCAGAGCAAAGAGACAGUAUAAAAAAAUCUGCGACAGACUAUUAUAAUUAUGCAAAUUUCAGAAUACUUUUCCAUGCCUGGGCACAAAAUAAAUGAGUUUACUCUUUAUGUCAUAUUUAGUUUGCUGUUUAGUAUGCUCUGCUAACACUUGUUUAUCCCAAUAUAAAGGAAAUUAACUGUUACCAUGUAAUUCACACUGGAAUUUCCCCAUCUCAUUUGUGGCCAAAUAAAGGAAACAUUCUUCGUUG